GCGCACAAGCCGCCCGGUCGCCCCGGGCAACCGGCGCGUCCCCGCCCGGCGCCCGCCGGGGCCGUCAGCUGAUGGGCCGGCCGCGGGGGAGGCCGUGGCGCGAACAUGGCGGCCGAGAUCCACUCCAGGCCGCAGAGCAGCCGCCCGGUGCUGCUGAGCAAGAUAGAAGGACACCAGGACACCGUCACGGUCGCGCUGCUCAUCCCCAAGGAGGACGGCGUGAUCACGGCUAGCGAGGACCGAACCAUCCGAGUAUGGCUGAAGAGAGACAGUGGCCAGUACUGGCCCAGCAUCUACCACACAAUGGCCUCUCCUUGCUCUGCUAUGACUUACCAGCACGACAGCAGACGGAUAUUUGUGGGCCAGGAUAAUGGGGCUGUAAUGGAAUUUCAUGUUUCUGAAGAUUUUAAUAAAAUGAAUUUUAUCAAGACCUACCCAGCCCAUCAGAACCGGGUGUCUGCCAUCAUCUUCAGCUUGGCCUCCGAGUGGGUGAUCAGCACUGGCCACGACAAGUGUAUCAGUUGGAUGUGCACGCGCAGCGGGAACAUGCUGGGCCGGCACUUCUUCACGUCCUGGGCUUCAUGCUUACAAUAUGAUUUUGAUACUCAGUAUGCCUUUGUUGGUGAUUAUUCAGGACAGAUCACCCUGCUGAAGCUUGAACAGAGCAUGUGUUCAGUGAUCACGACCCUCAAGGGACAUGAAGGUAGUGUUGCCUGCCUCUGGUGGGACCCUAUUCAGCGAUUACUCUUCUCAGGAGCAUCUGACAACAGCGUCAUCAUGUGGGACAUCGGGGGAAGGAAAGGCCGAACACUCCUUCUUCAAGGCCACCAUGACAGGGUGCAGUCGCUGUGUUACCUUCAGCUCACGAGGCAGCUUGUCUCCUGCUCAUCCGAUGGUGGGAUUGCCGUGUGGAACAUGGAUGCUAACAGAGAAGAGGCUCCUCAGUGGUUGGAAAGUGAUUCCUGUCAGAAGUGUGAACAGCCCUUCUUCUGGAACAUAAAGCAGAUGUGGGACACGAAGACGCUGGGGUUGAGACAGCAUCACUGCAGGAAAUGUGGGCAGGCCGUCUGUGGCAGGUGCAGCAGCAAGCGUUCCAGUUACCCAGUCAUGGGCUUCGAGUUCCAGGUCCGAGUUUGUGACUCCUGUUAUGACUCCAUCAAAGAGGAGGAUCGGACGUCUCUAGCAACCUUUCACGAAGGAAAACACAACAUUUCCCAUAUGUCCAUGGACAUUGCGAGGGGACUGAUGGUGACCUGUGGGACCGAUCGGGUCGUAAAGAUAUGGGACAUGACGCCUGUGGUGGGCUGCAGCCUGGCGACUGGAUUUUCUCCACAUUGACCUGGAAUCUGGGUGAUGUCUACACGUUAUGCACAGCAACCUCCAUCCAACCAAACCCCCUCUCUUGUAGCUCGACAGUCACUGUCGUGUAAAUGGACAAUAGCCACCUGAAAACAAAUCAAUAUUUUUAAAAAGAAAAAAUACGUGUUUUGGGGUAUUUGUGGAACUUACCUAUGGGGACUAACACGGAAAAGGUCUGUACAUAGUGAUCUCCAAAGGAAUGGAAUCCUCACGAACACUGAGCUAAUGGGCGAGGAGGGAAUCUAUGAAAGUUUUAGAGAGGUACCUUUUUUUGAACAAAGUUAAUACUUAGAACUUCUUAAAAGCAGCUCCAAGCUAGAUGUGCUGGCACAUGCCUUUAGUCCCAGCACUCAGGUGGCAGAGGCAGGCAGAUCUCUGUGAGAUCAAGGCCAGCCUGGUUUACCUGGUAAGGUACAGAAUAACUGGGGCUUCAGGGAAACUUGUUUCAAACAAACAAAACAAAACGACAAAACAAAAAGCAACCCCAAGAGCAAACGUCCAGUGCACUCAGGGUAGUGAGAGGCCGCUUUGAGGGUCCCUGAGGGCACUCUGUUGUCCAAGCAGGAGUUGAGGGAAAGAGGACUUGUUCCUUCCCCAGGGGAGGUGUAGCCUCCCUGUGUGCUGGCCAUGUGUGUAACCCAAGCCCCUCCCUGUGUGCUGGCCGUGUGUGAGUGCCCUCUGCACUGAGCUGUUGAUACGCUUCUUCGAGGUCUCUGUUCUUUUCAGGAUGUGCCGUAAUCUGCUCUUGCGUUUGGGUGACUUCAGUCACUUCUCUCGCAGCCAGUGUGCCCUGGUGAACCUCUGCAGUUGUCAUGGCACAAGACAGCCCAUGUUCUUCCCUUUACCCAAAUCUGCUCUUAGGACAAAGCUUUUUUAUGGUGCUUUUGGCACAAGCCUCCUGACAUUUUCUCUUUGUAGCUAGUCAUGACUGAUGGCAUACCCAGCUACCAGCAUGGUGGUGAUGAAUGCCAUCAGCCUGGCCCAUAGAAUCCCCCACCUCAGCCUUUUUGGAGUCUCAAGAUGAGCUCCUGUGGUAAUUUAACUUAUGCCCCUCAGGAAAAGUACUCCAAAGCUUUCAGAUGAUGCUGUUUUAGUUGUAACUCCUGUCACUCAUGCUUCAUAGGAGGAAUUCAGUGGCCCUGGGCUGUAAUCAUCGGUCAGGUCUUGUACAGUCAUCCCUUACUUGUGAAUCACAUUUGUGACACCUGGAAAGUUGUUGGGUAUAAUGCAUUUUCAAGGUUUUUGACCACAGAGUACCAGGAUGAGGAAGAGGGAAGAUGGAGCUUUGAGUGUUCAAGUAUUUAUGUUUGUCUUGACAGUAGCACAUUCCUUUAAGACUGUGGGAGUGAGUAGAGAAGGGCUUAGGAGGUUGACAAAGUUUGAUGGGCAAUUAAACUAAGAUGUAUCAGUGGCUGUGUGGCACAAAUAACUAGAAAAGGCGAGGCAGCCGGGAGUAGUGGGCUCUAGAUCUGCAUUAAAAGCUGGCUUGUCUUCUGAAGUAGGACCGAAGGGUUUUGUUGCUUCUUUUCAUUUUUAUGUUACACCACUUGAAAAGGAUGUUUCCUUUAUAGAUUUUCUUGGACUCUGCAAAAUGUGAAUUGCUAACUGGUUUGGAGGAGAUGUGGAAUGGUGCUCUGAAACCGCCGUAUAGAAUGUUGUCUUUGUAUAGUCACGUUAUAGUUUGUUGUUCUCCUCGUGGAAAGUGCUGUUCUGGAAAUUUUAUUGAGUCUAGAAAUAAAAUAGAAUAUGACCGGG